AUGGACAACUUGAUACCUAUUGUUAACAAGCUGCAAGAUGCGUUCACAUCGCUCGGCGUUCACAUGCAAUUAGAUUUGCCUCAGAUAGCCGUUGUUGGUGGCCAAUCGGCAGGAAAGAGUUCCGUGCUGGAAAACUUCGUGGGCAAAGAUUUUUUACCUCGGGGAUCCGGUAUUGUUACUCGUAGGCCUUUGAUACUACAGCUGAUCCACGGAGUUACCGAAUAUGGAGAAUUUCUUCAUUGUAAGGGUAAAAAGUUUUUGAAUUUUGAUGAGAUUCGAAAAGAAAUUGAGGAUGAAACGGAUCGUGUUACUGGUAGUAAUAAAGGCAUCUCCAACAUUCCCAUUAAUUUACGCGUUUAUUCGCCUCACGUACUCAACCUAACACUUAUUGAUUUGCCAGGCUUAACAAAAGUAGCAAUCGGUGACCAACCUGUGGACAUUGAGCAGCAAAUUAAGCAGAUGAUAUUUCAGUUUAUUCGCAAAGAGACAUGUCUAAUACUGGCCGUGACACCAGCCAACACCGAUCUGGCCAACUCGGAUGCUCUUAAGCUGGCCAAAGAGGUUGAUCCACAGGGUGUGCGGACCAUUGGUGUGAUAACAAAACUUGAUCUCAUGGACGAAGGGACAGAUGCGCGGGAUAUCCUGGAGAAUAAGCUGCUUCCCUUGCGGCGCGGCUAUAUUGGAGUUGUUAAUCGUUCACAAAAGGACAUAGAGGGGCGCAAAGACAUUCACCAAGCGUUGGCCGCUGAGCGCAAGUUUUUUUUAAGCCACUCCUCAUAUCGUCACAUGGCCGAUCGACUAGGCACUCCAUACUUACAGCGAGUUCUUAAUCAGCAGCUAACUAAUCAUAUACGCGACACAUUACCUGGCUUGCGUGAUAAAUUGCAGAAGCAGAUGCUAACCCUGGAGAAGGAGGUCGAGGAGUUCAAGCACUUCCAGCCAGGCGAUGCCAGCAUUAAGACAAAGGCUAUGCUACAAAUGAUACAGCAGCUUCAGUCUGACUUCGAACGGACUAUUGAAGGCAGUGGAUCGGCUUUGGUCAACACAAACGAGCUCUCUGGUGGUGCCAAGAUCAAUCGCAUUUUUCACGAGCGUCUACGCUUCGAGAUUGUUAAGAUGGCCUGUGAUGAGAAAGAAUUGCGGCGAGAGAUUUCAUUCGCCAUUCGCAAUAUUCACGGUAUUCGCGUCGGUCUGUUCACCCCGGAUAUGGCUUUUGAGGCUAUUGUGAAGCGACAAAUAGCACUGCUAAAGGAACCGGUAAUCAAGUGCGUAGAUCUAGUUGUUCAGGAACUUUCUGUUGUCGUGCGGAUGUGCACCGCUAAAAUGGGUCGGUACCCACGUUUGCGUGAGGAAACAGAACGCAUUAUUACAACACACGUACGUCAACGCGAGCAUAGUUGCAAAGAGCAAAUUCUUCUUCUUAUCGAUUUUGAGCUAGCUUACAUGAAUACCAAUCACGAGGACUUCAUUGGUUUUGCUAAUGCUCAGAAUAAAUCUGAAAACGCAAAUAAGACAGGCACUCGUCAGCUUGGCAACCAAGUUAUAAGAAAGGGCCACAUGGUGAUACAGAACCUUGGCAUAAUGAAAGGCGGCUCGCGUCCUUACUGGUUUGUGUUAACAUCUGAGAGCAUCUCCUGGUACAAAGAUGAGGAUGAAAAAGAAAAGAAAUUCAUGUUGCCAUUGGAUGGUUUAAAAUUGCGCGAUAUUGAACAGGGCUUUAUGUCAAUGUCUAGACGUGUUACCUUUGCUUUAUUCAGUCCAGACGGACGCAAUGUUUAUAAGGACUACAAACAACUGGAACUGUCUUGCGAAACGGUCGAAGAUGUUGAGUCGUGGAAGGCUUCCUUCUUGCGAGCUGGUGUCUAUCCCGAGAAACAGGAAACCCAGGAAAAUGGAGACGAGGAAGGACAAGAGCAAAAAUCGACCAGUGAGGAAAGUUCCUCGGAUCCACAGUUGGAACGUCAGGUCGAAACCAUACGUAAUCUAGUUGAUUCGUAUAUGAAGAUCGUUACAAAGACAACGCGGGACAUGGUACCCAAGGCAAUUAUGAUGCUCAUCAUUAAUAAUGCCAAGGACUUUAUCAAUGGAGAGCUUUUAGCUCAUCUUUAUGCGUCUGGGGAUCAGGCACAAAUGAUGGAAGAGUCAGCUGAAUCGGCAACAAGACGUGAAGAAAUGUUACGCAUGUAUCGUGCCUGUAAAGAUGCAUUGCAAAUUAUAGGUGACGUUUCAAUGGCAACUGUGUCAUCUCCAUUGCCUCCCCCGGUUAAAAAUGAUUGGUUGCCAAGUGGAUUGGAUAAUCCCCGUUUGUCCCCACCAAGUCCGGGUGGUCCCCGUAAGCCAGCACCCACCGUACAGGGCUCGUUGGGUGGGCGGAAUCCCCCAUUACCACCGGCAACUGGGCGCCCAGCACCAGCUAUUCCCAAUCGCCCAGGAGGUGGUGCACCACCACUACCUGGUGGUCGACCAGGAGGCGCAUUGCCUCCUCCAAUGCUACCUUCACGUCGUUAAGUUGUCGUUAUUCAGACAGCUACUUACAUUCAUAGCAAUUUAUGUUUAAAUAACUAAUUCGCUCUUGCUUUAAUCAACCAACUCAUGUUGAAACCUGUCGGUCUGCAAAAUAGGCUCUUCCUCCAGCAAAAAUGCGUAGUAAAGACAGAGAUGAACUACGAAAUGUUAGGUAAUGCUAAUGUAACAUGUACAAUAGUAGAAAAUGCUAGAAUUCUACAGCAUUAAUUUCAUAAAAAAGAAUAAUAUACGAAGGACAUUGCGUUAUCCGCCUGAGAAGAGUUAUAGUAAUAAUACUUCUUAGAUUGAAAAUUUCUGAAUUGUAUUGAAAGAAAUACAACUAAACAGCAUCAUACCUGUGUACAUAUACAUAUUGUUAUAUGUAUAAUUGAACAUACAAACUUAUUAAUAUACAGUGAAUCAAAAAUAUUUAAGCACACCCCAUAUACUUUGAAAAAAUCUUUUGCAAAAGCUCCCAUUUAUAACUAUUUUGAUUGGAUUUUUGAUGUAGUAAGAAUAUUAAAAAAAUUACCGAAAGUAUACAUAUAAAGUAGAUAUAUAUAAUUAGUACUCUUACAUUUUGUUUAAUUUAUCAAAUAUUAUACAUAUAAUAAAUAUAAUUAAUUUAUAAUGAAACACAACAAUAUAUAACAACGAUAUAUUACACAUAACACGAUACA